UUUCGAACAAGAUAGUUGCCUAUUUCCUACAGUCCAGUGUGAGCAAGUGUACAUGGGAAAAAAGCGAGAGGGAGGGCGAGAGUGACUGAACAGACGAAAGCUCGAUCGGGAGUGAGACAAGAAGAGAGAGUUGUUUUAUUUUUUUUAAAUAAAAAGUGACAAUGGCCGUAUCGGCAGCUCCUCCGGUGCACUCACCCAACUCCGCUCCGGGAUCCGGGGGUCUGUUUCGCUCCGAACCGAUGUACUCCAGACCGACCGAAAACACGAGACUGACCAACAGCAUGAUCAACACAUUCAUCGCCACUGGUGGUGGAGGAGGUGGCGGCGGCGGCGGAGGCGGCAACGGGAACGGCGCCGGCGUUAGUAACGACUGUAAAAUGGUGGAGGUCCAUGGGGUCAAAGUAGCCUCCUUUAAUAUGGACGGACAGGAGCUGAUCUGCCUACCCCAGGUUUUCGAUCUGUUUCUCAAACACCUCGUCGGAGGGCUUCACACGGUCUACACUAAGCUCAAGCGCCUGGAUAUAUGCCCGGUGGUGUGCACCGUGGAGCAGGUCCGAAUUCUGCGGGGACUCGGCGCCAUUCAGCCCGGGGUGAAUCGCUGCAAACUCAUCAGUCGAAGUGACUUCGAGGCGCUUUACAACGACUGCACCAAUGCCAGCUCCAGGCCCGGCCGUCCGCCUAAGCGCUCCCUUGGGGUCGCCAUGCAGGACAGCUCCAGGCUUCUGCCCCACGGCAUCCACGGCCUGCUCUCCCCGGGCCUCCUCUCCCACACAGGUCUCACGGCGAUGGCGGAGGCGAUGAAGCUGCAGAAGAGGAAGCUGAUGGCCAUGAGCAGCCUGCAGGGGGGCGGCUACCAGAACGGCACCGAGUCGGAGAACGAGGAGCUGAACUCGAACGCGGGGGGCAGCGAGUCCUCCUGGGAUAAGGACAAGCUGCAGUCCCCGCCCCCCAGCGCCGGCCCGCACAGUCUGGGCCACACGGGCCUAUCGGGCCAGCACGGUCUGACCAGCUCCCAGCUCAGCUCCCUGCAGCAGAGCCACCUGCUGGCCAACCGACUGGACCUGCCAUUCAUGAUGAUGCCCCACCCGCUGCUCCCCGUCAGCCUGCCUCCCGCCUCCGUUGCCAUGGCGAUGAACCAGAUGAACCACCUGAACACCAUCGCCAACAUGGCGGCCGCCGCGCAGAUGCACAGCCCGCUGUCUCGGGGGGGGGCCUCCGUCAUCAAGGAGUGUGUCCAGGACAGCCCCUCCCCUGCCCCCUCCAUGGAGGACCCCGCCCUCCUGCUAUCCCAGCCUCCCUCUCACCCCGACACCAGCGCCUCCAGCUCCCCCGCCCCGCACCAGCAUAGCCCCGAGCACAUGGGACUGAACAUACUGGAUGGGGAUCUGGGUGGCCAAGAUGUCAGUGUUCACAUGAAGAAGACCUUUAAAGAGAAAGACGACACCCAGCUGGCGUUGCACAUGAUGAGGCCCGGGUUCGAGAAGCUGUCGGGACAGGGCCUGCCCCCCGGUUUCCCCGCCCCUUUCCUGUUCGCCGACGGCCUCUCCUCCGUGGAAACGCUCCUCACCAACAUCCAGGGCCUCCUGAAGGUGGCGGUUGAUAACACGCGGGUUCAGGACAAACAGAUCCAGCAGGAGAAGAAGGAGCUGAAGAUGGAGCUGUACAGAGAGAGGGAGAUGAGGGAGAGCCUGGAGAGACAGCUCACCUCUGAGCUACAGAGCAGAGCCUCCAUCCAGAAGCGGCUGAAGAAGGAGAAGAAGGCCAAGAGGAAACUGCAGGAGGCGCUGGAGUUCGAGUCCAAGCGGCGGGAGCAGGUGGAGCAGGCGCUGAAGCAGGCCACCUCCCCCGACACGCUCCGCAUGAGCCUCAACGAGGCCGUGAUUCCGGAGGUGGAGACGGAGCAGAACGGGAACCAGCAGGAGAACGCAGCCAUACAAGAAAACAGAGGAUACAUGAAGACACCUAUAAUGUACUAAUAAACACACACUCCCCCCCACUCGCCCCGCCCCCACCACUCUGAUUGGACGGAGAGGUCGCCCCGGUAACAGCUGGUGUAUUGGUUGGUUGCUUGGCUCCUCAAUCCCUUCAGCUGAUGCUCAUCUCCAGGACAUUGGGUGGGGCUGGGUUGGCAUGGGGGGGUACGACCAAUUUGACCCCCCAUUCCCCAAAAGGGAGAGAGAAGGUACAGCAUUCCUCGGUGGUACUCAACCUUUUCCCUCAUCGCAAUGACAACUUGUAAAAAAAAAAAAAGAAAA